AACAAAAUAAGUUGUGUAUCAAUUCCUUUAAGGGUUUCAGGAAUGUGCCGAGUUUCUGAGGGAAAGUAAUCAGCCUGUAGUUGAAUUCCAGCCUGUCUCUGUAACAAGACUCGGCCUCUGCAGGUUUAAUGUUUAAUCUCUGCUCUGGCUUCCUGCAGCGCCUCUGACUCGCUUUUAUUAGCCUUGUUUUUACGUUCUGAAGCCAUUUUAGCACAGCCUGACAGCCAAACUCACUAACAGCAAACAAUCCUGCUCUGAAAAGGAGUUUGAUAUAGACAACUACAAGAGCUUUCUCAGAAGCUAAAACAAAAUGGAUCUUAGCAGAUCAUAUUUGGCUGACGGCUCAUCCUCACAAAAUGAAGAUUUCAACAGAGAACAUGUGGAGGAGGAUGAUCAUUUUGAGGACUCAAAUUUAUCGUCUCAUGGUCAGUACCGUUCAGCCAAACAGACGGACAAUGAGGAAGCUGAGAAGACAAAAACAAGUAUAUUUCAGAAGCCGUAUACUGGUCUGAUGAAGACUGAUUCUGAAUCACAAUCAGGAUCUUCAGGAGGAAUUAAAAUACUGCCUAAUGGCACAAGAUGUAGUCCGCCAGAGUCUCCAUCACUGGACAGAAAAAAAUUGAAUAUCUGUUCUGGUGAUUUCAGGCCAGACAUCCCUCCAGGUUCAGCAGGAUACACAUAUGACACCCUUGAAUCUGAAUUGACCAGCAUCCAUCCGGCAGAGUACUAUGCUGAGAAGUUGGAGGUAUACAAGUUAAAAUACUCCUACAUGAAGUCCUGGCCCGGUCUGUUAAGACUCCUUGCUGGUCUUCAACUUUUAUUCGGCGGGAUGGUUUUCGCUUGUGUGUGUGCUUAUAUUCAGAGAGACAGUGAGUGGUCCAAUUAUUACAGGCCAACCACUACGCAAGGAUACCGCUACAAUGGGCCCAUGACAGCCUUCGUGUUGGUCAUCGUGGGACUCUCCUGGAUACUCACUGUUAUCCUGAUGGUUUUGGGAUUGACAAUGUACUACCGAACGAUCCUGCUGGAUUCCAAAUGGUGGCCUUUAACUGAGGCCUUUAUGAAUCUAGUCAUUUCCCUGUUGUACAUGGCAGCGGGUAUCGUCUAUGUGAAUGACCUGAAUCGUGGUGGGCUUUGCUUCAUGACGGUUGGAAACAACCCAGUCCUGUCCAGUCUGUGUCGUGUUGAGGGGGGUCAGAUGGCUGGGACUGCAUUCAUAUUUUUUAACAUGCUUAUGUACUUGAUAAGCUUUCUGGUCUGCCUUAAAAUGUGGAGGCAUGAAGCGGCCCGCCGUCAGAGGGAGGCCAUGACAUGUCAGCUGAGCAGCCCGCAGACUCUGGAAUCCACAUCCAACAUGGGCAGCUCCUCGACUAGAUCCAAGAAAAUUUCUUUCAAAGAUGAAAUGGAUGAAGGCUCUGUGAAUGAGAGCAGGCCGCUGUAUGUCUCAGAGAGAGCUGAAGAACGACAGAUUUUAACUGGAGCCAUUCCAACAGGACACAUUCCUAAGCCCAGGGUCAUCGCAGAUUACAUUAUAAAAUAUCCUGAAAUUCACUCUUUAGAGGACAGAGAGCAAUACAAAGCUGUCUUUAAUGACCAAUACCAGGAGUACAAGGAACUGCACAGAGAGGUCACCGCCACUUUAGUGAAGUUUCAGGAAUUAGACACUAUGAUGAGCCAACUCAUCAAUAACAAGAGAAACCCAGAGGAGAGUCAAAGAAUCAAUGGCUUACUGAUAACAUAUGAGCAAAAAAGGAACGAUCCGUACUUUCUGGAGAAGAAGGAACGAUGUGAAUAUCUGAAAGCCAAACUAAGCCACAUCAAGAUGAGGAUUCGCGAUUUUGAGCAAAAAUUCAAUGCAAGGGACAAGAAAGUAAAGACAUUAACACAGUAUGACAGUCCACCGCAGUACAGUCCACACUACACCGCUCCAUCAAAUAUGUACACAUCCAGAAGUUUCUAUUCUCAGAGGAGCGAGUUUGGCCUGUACUCUUCAGUGCCCGAUGCCCCUCAUGCCCAGGGAAAUCCUCAGCACUUCUAUAGAUGGUUCUCGCCUCCUGGAAUUGUGAAGACUAUGGAGGGACUCACCGCACUGCUGUGCUUCGUCAUUUUCGCUUGUGUUGCGUCCACUUUAGUUUGGGAUAUGCCCGGCUAUGAGGGCAGCAUCGGUGGCUAUAUUGCCGGAUCUGGAGGUUACGGCGUUGGAUCCGGGUACUACGGAGGAACCUACGGCUAUCAGAGCUCUUACAUGACACCCUACUCUGCAAAGUCAGCCAUGAUCUCGAUGGCAGCUCUCAAUUUUGUGGUGUCUUUGACCUUCCUGGUGGUGAGCUUCUCAAAGAUGUGGUGUGUGCGCGGAAAAGCCUUUUACCUGACUGUUUUGGUGGUGGAUGUGGUUCUGGCGAUCCUGCAGUGUAUUAUAGACAUUGUGUUUGUCAUCGGGGUGAAUCCCAUGGCUCAGAGUUCACAGAGCAUCUUAUACAACCCCAUCCUGAUGAUGUGUCAGAACUCAUUAGGGACUCCCAGCAUCAGCGCCGGAGUCGGCACUGGAGGCUUCCCCGGCGCAUAUCCGUCCUUCAACCGAUAUCUUUAUCACUACUGCUUCAUGGAUCCUGAGGAGGCUGUGGCUCUGGUUUGUGGGCUGUUUGUCAUGAUUGCUCUGGUCAUUGCAGCCUAUUUUGCCUAUAAGACUCGAAGCAAAAUAUGGCGUCAUGGCAAACCUAACAUCUACUGGGAGGAACCACCGAUCCUCAGAACAAACCGGAGCCAGAAUUCACAAGACUGGCGAGGCACUCAAUACACCCCCACUGUGGUUUUAUCAGAGAAAGCGUCCCCUCAUCUGAAAGCUGAGAACAGCUUCACCUCCUACACUGAGGGAACCGUGAGCGUCUACAGCGAGGGCGGGUACAAAAGCAACGUGUAUUCUGAGAAUGUGAAGGGUUGCUGCCAGGAGCCGCUGUACCAGAAUCAGUGGAUGAGCUCCAGUCCUGUGGAGGAAGUGGAAGUGCAGAGCAGCUCAGUGGCAGAGAAAGCUGAAGUGUUUGAGGUGGAGGAUGUUCUUUGUGAGAUCGGCUACACCACUGCUGCAGAUUCAGCCACUGAAUUACACACAUAUGAGCUGGAGGACACUUAUUCAGAAAUUACAACAGAUGAACAGCGCAAACAGUACAAGAAACAGUUUGACGUCACAUUCGCUGUGUACAAGAACCUCCGCGCAGAACUGGAUGAUAUCAGUGAUCAAAUGAAUGAACUGAGCCAGGAGUUGGACACCCUCCACGAGGAGUCCACCAAAUUCCAGGCUGUAGCUGAUGAAUAUAAUCGACUCAAGGAUCUGAAACGGUCUCCAGAAUAUAAGGCUAAGAAGCUCCAGUGUAAGAAACUACGGCAGAAACUGUGCCGUAUCAAGCAACUGGUGAAGAAUUAUGACCAAGGCUUUAAAAAGAACAAGACUUAUGUUGCUGAUCCUCAGGAUUUCUUUGUCUGAAGCAUGUAUACAUUUCAGUUUGUUCUUUUGAAAGUAACAUUGCAAGAGGUCCUGUAAACUGAAAUGAAUUUUAACUUUGCAAUUUGAAUAUAAAACCCCCCAAAGAUGAUGUUUCCUUCAUAAUUUAAUAAAUAACCAUCAAAAAAAUUCUCUCAAGCACACAAUUCAAUGUAUGAUACUUUUUGUUUAAUCAAGCUGUCAUACACAAGUAU